AUGAAAUGUCUAUAUAAGGGACUGCAUUUAUCAAAUCGUCAAAUAAGUUUGCGACAUUUUCAAAAGCUCUUCUGGUUUCCAGCGAUAAAUAUGUCGAAUAUAUUCUGUGUAUUUAUUCUUCUUGUGUGCAUUUUUACGCUAACAUUGACACACCCAACAAACGAUUUAACAGAGCAAUUGUCCAAUGUUAAUGCGAAUAAUAAGGAUCAUGACUUGAAAGCCAACGAUUUGGAGACGGAGGAGAGCAGGUGGGGACGGUAUGGCGGUUAUGGAAGAGGAUGGGGCGGUUGGGGCAGACCUGGAUGGGGCGCUUGGGGGAGAACUCGAUGGGGUGGUGUCGGCGUAGGGUUAUACAGGCCUUAUUACCCAGGAUUCACAGGGCUCGGAUGGGGUUACAGACCUUAUGGAGUGGGUUGGGGACACGGUUUUUGGGGUUAA